AGCCAACAAGAAAGAAAACCUAAAUUUCCUAUUUUCCCUCUCUAUAAAUAGGUCUCUUCCCCAUCUUCCCUCUCCCACCCCAAAACCCUUCGCCUCUCUAUCUCUCUGUUCCAUUGUUGCCUCUUGAUUCCGAAGCGUUAUCUCGUUCUUCCCGUUCCACCGCUCGUGUUUUCCUCCCUGCAAUCCGAUCGAAGAAAUCCUCUCCGGCUUCUCAACCGAAUCUUCCGUUGAAUAUAGAAGCGUGAAUGUUGUAAUGGAGACGAAAGGAGGGAAAAAGAAGUCCAGCAGUAGUAGUAGUAAUUCCUCCAUCCAGUACGAAGCUCCCCUCGGCUACAUCAUUGAAGACGUUCGCCCAAACGGUGGCAUCGAGAAGUUCCGAUCUGCUGCUUACUCCAACUGCGUGAGGAAGCCAUCCUGAUAUUCUCCAAUCGUUAAUGUCGUUCGCCGUAGAGUAGGAUUUCCAAUUUCAGUUUCGUCUCAGUCUUUCAAUUACUUCUCCUCCCUCAAUCCCUCAAGAACAAGCUCCCGAAGAACAAGAAAGGAAAGCGAACUCUGCAUCUCCCUCUCCCUCUCUUCUAGAUCUCGGAAUUUCAAAAUCAAGCAAUGGCGGUCAACACCUCGCCAAUCGGAUUCGAAGGAUUCGAGAAGCGUCUCGAGAUCUCCUUCUCGGAGGCGCCGAUUUUCAAGGACCCCAACGGACUCGGCCUCCGCGCCCUGACUCGCCCACAGAUUGACUCGUUCCUCGACGCGGCCAAGUGCACGAUCGUCUCGAGCCUCUCCAACGACGAGUUCGACUCGUACGUCCUCUCCGAGUCGAGCCUCUUCAUCUACCCGCUCAGACUCGUCAUCAAGACCUGCGGGACCACGAAGCUUCUCGCCGCCGUCGAGCCGAUUCUAGAUCUGGCCGGCUCGCUCUCCCUCGCCGUCGCCGACGUGCUCUACUCCCGCGGCAGCUUCAUCUUCCCCAGCGUCCAGCCGGCGCCGCACCGCAGCUUCUCCGAGGAAGUCGCCGCGCUUAACGAAUUCUUCGGCGAUCUGGACCACAACGCGUACGUGCUCGGAGAUCCAGAGCACAGCUGGCACGUUUACUCCGCCACCGUCGCCGGUAAGAAGAACAAUCCCUCUCCGUCGCUAGAAAACGACGUGAUUACUCUGGAGAUGUGUAUGACUGGUUUGGACAAGAAGAAGGCGGCGGUGUUCUUCAAAGGCUCCCCGGCGGCGACCGCCCUGGAAAUGACGAAACAGUCGGGGAUCUGUGACAUCAUCCCCGGCCACACGAUCUGCGACUUCGAUUUCGACCCCUGCGGCUACUCGAUGAACGGGAUCGAGGGGACGGCUCACUCCACCGUGCACGUCACCCCGGAGGACGGGUUCAGCUACGCCAGCUACGAGGCGAUGGGGUUCGACGCCGGCGCGAUUCCGCUCGACGCGCUGGUGGGGCGCGUGCUGAAGUGCUUCGAGCCGCGUAACUUCUCCGUGGCGGUCACGUGCCGGAGCGCGAGGGCGCAGCUCUGGGCGAUGGAGCUCGUCGACGUGGGAGGGUACUCCCGCGGCAAGGUCGCGGUGGAGGAGCUCGCCGGCGGCGGGAUCGUCGUUUACAAGACCUACACAGCCGACGCCACGAAGAAGGCCGUUGUCGCUGCUCCGGCGGUCGUCGAGAUGAAGAAGGCCGUGACGAAGAAGGAAGUGAAGGUUGUGGUGGUGAAGAAGGCUGAUCGGCAGGACGUCGACUGUGGUGCUGGCUGCGGCGGUGAUGACAUGCUGGAAAAAUGGGGGCAUCAGUUCUUCGGGUUGGUGGACGGCGGCGGGUUGAUUUGGUGAUCCGGGAGCUUGUUCUUGUUCUGUGUCGUCGUGUUUUGCUUCUUUGAGUCGUCGUAUUAUUAUUACUACUGUUAUUGUUAUUGAACUGUGAGUGUUCGUUUGGGCGGCCAUGGGUGUCUGUUGUUUAAGCUUGGCGGAGUCGGCCUUAGUUGUGGGCUAUAUGGAAUAAAUUGUCAAGUGGCCAUGGCUGCCUAGUGGUUUCUUUUUUCCAUUGUCGAUAUACUGCAAGUGGGGUUUUAUAUCAACUCCGAUUUAUUAAUGAAGAUUGGUGUGCAAUGCUUGUUUAUGAUUAGUGGUCUGAGAUUAUUGGACUAAUUACAUGAACUGGACGUGAUGAUUUGGUGGCUGGGCCUUUAGGAUGAUGAUCAAGAGGGGGCUGGGAGUAGGAUCAUGUCUCAUUGGGCCUGCCCUCAAAAAACCAUGGACCAUGUAAAUGCCCAGGAACAUAAAAUUUUGUCCCACAUUUCAUUGGGUGUACAAGUACAACUAUUAGGUCCAUACUUAUCAAAUUGGAUCAAAUCAAAUCAAAUAAAUAAUGCUCUACUUGG